AUACAAUUUCGUAAGGCUUGAGCAUACAAAUUUUUUUUAAUUUUUUUUUACUUUUUACAGAUUGUUCAGAUUCCGGAGUCUUUUCCUUUGGCAUUUAAGUCUUGAAAUCGUGAUGUCCGUGAAUAACGUUUUGUGUCUGGAGAACAGUUUCUGUUGAUUUGACAAUUUUCUUCUGCUAAUUGACUAAUUGUUUGAUAUUUUCAUUUAAAAUCUCCUGAUGAUUUAAAGAAUCCCUGUUGCCAGAAACCUUUUGAAAGAGAAACGUGCUCAUAGGUACUCCACCAUACUUUCGGUGGACAUUAGGUCGUUUUCCACAUAGGCAUCCUUUGUUUUACCCAUUAUGGUUGUAAUGCAGAACUGGUGACCACAAGAUGCCAGUAGUCUUUACUGCUGUUCACGGUCAGUGAGCUGUGAAUUGUUUUUACCUCCAGUACCAUCCUCUUAUCUGUGAGUCAAAAUAAACUUGGUUCCUCAUACAAGCUGACAGCACUUCAUUAGAGAAAUGGUUCUCAACAGCCCCUUUUGUGUAGCCACUCAAAAGCCUGGGGCUUUGCAAAUCCAAUACACAUUUACCCGACUGAUUUCACUUUCUCUGAGUUUUACUCCCCCCCCCCCCAAAGCAGGUUGGAAAUUUGUCUAAAGAAUAGCUUUUAACUGAGAUAGAAAUAAUGGUGGUAAGAAUUGUGUUUUUUGUUUAAUUAAAUGUUAUGUUUUUACCCUCCUGCUGAUAAAGGUUUAUACAUGUUUAUGCUGUGGCAUUUUGGUUUUUAUGUUGCUGUUAUUUUUAUAGAAAUGUUUCUUUGACAUUAUAAUUAAAAGCUUACGUCUCUGAGUCGGACGUUACUUUCUUUUUUCUGUGAACUAAAAAUUAGCUCAGAUUUGUUUCCUGCCCAGAAGGGCAUAAGAAGUACAGCGGACUGCUCAUCAUCCAGAAGUGACAGGUAAUUAAGAUCUGCAACUAAAUAAAGUAAAAAAUAGAAACCUAUUUCAAGCAAAUACUAUUCAUCUUUGUCCGGCUGCAUACUUUGAACAUAAGUAAUCCUGCAGUUUUUACAGCUUUUGUGUUUAAAAAAAACAAAAUAUAAAAUCUGGAAAUUCAUUCUGUAACAGAAAUCAUCUUCAGAUAUUGUGAAACUCUCUUGCCAGCCCUAAGUUAGGUAGACACACUAGGAGUAUUUUUCAGCAGAUCUUAAAACAGCUAGUGUCCUUGUGCAAGGACAGCAGUGCAGGUGUGUCAGUGGGAGUGAUGAAGGCUAACAUGGGAAACUCCUCUGAAAUUCCCACAUAAGAUACUUCAAGCUUCCCAGCCUCCAGGCUGAUACUCAUCCACCAUGAAGCAGUGGUUGUUAGUUCUGGCUUUCGGUGAGUGAAGUAAAUUUGUUCCUUUUAGCUGCAUUCUUUCAUAUUGCUGUUCAUUUACAAUGGAUAUUUUACGUUCAUCUUUUUUAAUAACUGUUUGCAAUGAUAAAUCUUUCUACGUGUGUCCAUUAUAGAAGGCCUCUGUGUAUUUUUGUUUUGUUGCCUGACACACUGUGUGAAAAACCCAGCUAAACAUGGUGCAUGAACCUGGAUGCAAAAGUUUUUUUAUCUUUAUAAACAAUUGUUAAUUUUUUUUCAUGGAGUAAGGAAGUUGUCAAAAUUAAGUGUGCAGAUUCCAACAACUCGUGUUAGUAUUUUUUAUGUCAGAAAAAUACUGUGCACACAAUUCUGCUGUCAUAUAUGAGUCUAAAACAUUUUGUGGGCCAGGAUAGUUUUUAUGAGAGUAUGAAUCUGAAAUCUGUGAGACCAAAGUCUUUUAAAUACAACUCUAAUUACUACGACUACAAGUCUUCACUGCUGGGGACACAAAUUCACAUUUGUGGGUAUGAGUAGAAAUGUGAUGAAAUAACAGUAUAAGGGGGCCUUAUCGAAUGAGGAGAAAGUAUCUGCAGCAGUUAUGGCAGGCCAGAUGGAUGUAUGGAUAAUGUGGAGCAGCGUGGAGCUUGGUAAAAAAAACUACAUCCAUCUGGCGAGAGUCAGGUUAAUGGCAGGCCAUUUUAACAUAUAGUUGGCUUUACAUACAACAAACAUGAAAAACAAAGUUCCUUAUAAUGCCUAUGUUUGUCUAUCUAUAUCCUAUAAUCAAAAAAAAUGUCAAUACCAGUGUUACAGGCAAGAUAUAAUGUUACAUUAUUACUACACACAAUUUUUUUUUAUUCACCUAAAAUGAUAAUGAUAAUUUACAAGAUAUUUUUUGAAAAAAGCAUAAACAAAAAUAUAUCUCAUAUAUAGAUCAUAAAAAUGCAAACAAUUCUCAAACUGAAACCAAUGAAUAACUCUAACCAUAACACAUCGGGCAGUCACACGCUUUUAUGUUCAGAUCUGAAAUUUCAGCUGGAUCCAUCUGCAGGCAUUGUUAAUGCUACGACUGAAUGAAACAGGAAUCACAAUGAAUCUGAACAUUGAAUCAAACUCUCCAUUGUUCUCCAGAGGAAGCCGUGUUUAAACGUGGUCAAAUGCCAUUUCUUGAUCCAAUACUAUCAAGCCCAUUUCUAGAACCAGUGAACCGGAGACCUCCAAAACAUCCCGAAUUAGGUAGAUGUUAUCUAGCAUGGAUCUGCCGGGGAUGCGGUGGGCCUGGAUCUUGUAAUCUGUGCAGACGAGAGACACAGGACGGCAGUUCUAAAUGUCCCGCAGGCUUCCUGAAAACAACUGUAAAUAUAAAAAAUUUAAAAAACCUGGUUGAAAUUCAAUAUGUAUUUUAAGAACAAAGUUGUAUGUGUUUAUUCUCUUUCAAACAGGAAAAAGGCUCAGAUAGAUAUCUGUUUGAACUUAUUCAGUUAUUAAUCAAGGCUCUUGUAUUUCUUCCUCAUCCAGAAUGUCUCUUUAUGCACAUAUAUCACCAGUCCUUGGUCCCAAAGAGAAGCUGCGCUUUCGAAGUGAGACCCUUGUGGUACCACAGGUACUCCGCUGCAGGCCUUGUGAUGGGCUCCAAGCAGCUCUGUAAAAAAACCCAGUGCUGUGUGGGCAUUUAUCAGGUCAUCGAUUACCAGCUGAAGGUCAACACUCUUGCAUGCAAUGUGGUAAAAAAAACUUGCCUGGAGGAAACCUGCGAUGUGCAACUACCCUUAAAAUCUCAGUUUAUUAGCUGUAUAUGCAGAACAGACAUGUGCAACCGUAACAUCUCAUUGAUUUCAGAACCAGAGCGACCUCCAAAACCCCGCAUGUAUGCUGCAGGAACAAAUUUCAAAGCAGCAUUGGUGGUGGUGGUGGUGGUGGUGGUGAUUCUCUUCGUUUCUGUGUUCAUCAUUAUUGGCAUCAAGUGGAGAAGCAAGGAAAAAACCAAUACGGGGAUCCAGAGUGAAGAUGUCCAACACAUGUGUUCCUGUCAAAUAAAAGCUCCAGAGAACCAGAUUACUGACAUUGAACUACAGGAGGUUCUGGGACGGGGGCAGUUUGCAACUGUUUAUCAAGGGAACUACGGGAGAUCGGUAGUGGCUGUGAAAGUGUACCCUGCAAACUGGAAGCAUCGAUAUUUUAAGGAAAAGGAGGUUUAUGAACUUCCAAUGAUGAAGCAUGAGAGGAUUACGGAGUUCUUAGGCACGGGGAGGAAAGCAGACGAUGGCAGCCUGCUCAUUGUGCUUCAGUACGCUGAAUAUGGUUCUCUUCAUUCUUUUCUGUGUAAACACACCAGCAGCUGGAUGCUGUCCAUGAAGCUAUGCCAGACCUUAUCGGAGGGACUUUCCUAUCUUCACUCUGACCUCAGCAGCAAUGACAUGCACAAACCUGCUGUCGCCCACGGAGACCUCAGCAGCUCUAAUGUACUGGUGAGAGCUGAUGGGACCUGUGUCCUGUGUGAUUUUGAAUCCUCCACUAUCCUGCGUUCUUGUUCAGGGCAUCAGCUCUGGCAAGACCACUUCACAAACAUGCAGGGUCACCCUCAGUUUUGCACGCUCAACUACAUGUCCCCGGAGAUCCUGGAGAGCACCGUGGAUCUCAGAAGCAGCUCAUUUCGCCUGCAGGGGGACAUCUAUGCUUUGGGUCUGAUUUUGUGGGAGAUAUGGAUGCGCUGCUUUGAUUUAUUUAAAGGUGGCGAUGUCCCACAGCAUCUCCUGCCUUAUGAAUUGGAGUUAGAAGCCAACGUAACGCUGGAGAGGCUCAUCUUUCACGUGUCUGAGAUGAACAGAAGGCCCUCCGUACCUGAAAACUGGGGACCUGCUCUGAAGGAGCUGCUGACAGACUGCUGGGACCAGGACACUGAUGCUCGACUGACAGCUCCAUGUGUCCUAGGCAGAUUAAUGUCUCUGUAGCUAGGGCUGGACGAUAAUUCAAUAGCAAUAUAUAUCGAUCAAUAGACGUGUAGUUCAAUUGAAAAAAGGGUCAAUAAAAAGUUCAAUGGAAGAACAGUAUUCCUUCCUU